AAUAGAAAAGAAGAACAAAGCUAAGCUAGAAAACUGCUGCAUUGUCCCAUUCCAGCUAAUAUUUCAGUAACAAUGUCUUCAGUUCAGCAUCUCAGAGAGUUUAUCAGAGAGAGACUAACUGCUGCUGCUCAAGAAAUCUUCACCGAGGUUGAAAAAACCAUCAUUUGCUACGAGGAAGAGCUCGAUGCUCAGCGCAGAAUGAUGGGGAUCAACUGGAAACCAGAAAUUAAGCUACACAGAAUCGGUUCGGAGCUGCAGAGACAAAGUUCUGACCUCCAAGAGCCAAGUGUCUCCAAUAAGGAGGAAAAUCCUGCCAUCCAACAAGUCUUUAGCCUGGCAAGUAGGUCCAGUUAUGACCAGAAAGAACAUCAGUGGACUGAAGACGGACAGAUGGAACCAGAACCAAAAUGGAUUAAAAAAGAAGAAGAGGAGGAACCAGAACCUACACUGCUCAAAUAUGAGCAAAUAGAAUAUCCACUAACAUAUGUGAGAAAAGAAGAGCUAGAUUCUUUGUUGCAUCAACAUGAACAGCAGCCACCAGAACAUUUACCAACUGGACAGAACCAGAAGAACCUCUGCAGCAAUCAGGAGGGAGAGCAGCUUGUCCAGAGGCAGUUUGUUGCUUUGAUUGAGACUUCUACUCUUCAGGAAGAUGAUAUGAAUGAAGAAGAGAGAAGAACAGAGCAGCUUUCCCUUCAUAUCUCUCCAGUGGUUGAGAGCAAAGAUCAGGAAGGAAGCAGCUCCUCUGUGUCAGAGAGUCAGGCUGGUACCAGUGCAAAGAAAAAAUCUUUCAAAUGUGACAUUUCUGGGAUACGUUACCCACAACAGUGUAAAUUAAAAAAACAUUACAGAACCCACACUGGUGAGAGACCUUUUUCAUGUGAAACAUGCGGGAAAAGUUUCUCUGUAAGUCAUGUUUUAAAUCGUCACAAGAUGAUUCAUACAGGUGAGAGGCCUUUUUUAUGCCAGUUAUGCGGAAAACGUUUCGGUCAAAUUAGUAUUUUAAAUCGUCAUAAGACAAUUCAUUCAAGUGAGAAGCCUUUUUCUUGUCAAACAUGUGGGAGAAGAUUCAGUCGAAAGGAUAAUUUGAACAUUCACAUGAAAACUCAUACAGCUCGGAGACUGCUUUGAAACCAAACUUAUAAAUUAUUGCUUUUGAAAUUUAUUACUUAUUCUCUUUAGAACCCACAUGGGUGAGAUGUGUUUUCCACAUAAAAUAUGGUGGGGAAAGUGUUCUUUUAUUAUAGUAAACUGAAUUUUCACAUAACACAAAAGUGACAAUUAGGCAUUUAACUUACACAGAUUCACUGUAAUAAAUAUUAAACAAUGUCUUGGAUUGUUUUCACUUUGCAAAAUACAUUAGAGCCUCACCUAUUAUUGGAUGCCGAAUAAUAGAUAUUUUUAAAUUGUAGAGCAUAUCUGUGAAAAAAAGAGAUACUUUUAGCUUUUUUAUAGAUAUUGGAAUAACUUUAUGUGAUUUAUAGCAUGUGUGUAAUUUUUACCUACUUGAUUUGUGGAUUUUAUUUUAUCUUUUUGUAUACUUUUUGUCUGGAAAUAAAAACAUUAAUUAA